AUGAAAGCUACAAUGACGAUGCUAUUAUGCCUACUACUUUAAGACCCGAAGCAGACAUCAUUAAUAUAGCCGAUAAAGGUGCUGUUUCAGAUGCAGAACAAACUCCUAUCAAAAGAUUGGCAAAGGGAAGAAACACUGGUAAGCUGCCCAAAAGUGAACAAAAUGUUAGGUCACUUGCAAAGCAUUUAAAGGACCAGAUGAGGGAAAAUAAUAGAUUCUGGAAGUCAACAAUGAAGGAGCAAAUAGAGCAAGUAAAGGAAAUUGCUGAAGAGGAAAGAGCAGCAAUAAGCCGUCUGCAUAAUACGCUUAAUGAAGGUUUAAAGCUACAGCAGAACUAUGUCGCCACAACUCAAAGAAACCAAGAGCGGUUGCUGGCUGUAUUGGAAAGAAUGGUGCCAGCACAACCACAGUAAUUGCAGCUUCAUCCCAACCUGUUUCCAAAUCCUUUUUUGGGCAACUUGAAUAGCAACAAUUAUUAACUUUAUCUCAAAUCUAGUCUUGUAUAUAUACAGUAUGCAGUUCAUCAUUCAUUGACCAUAUUGACUCAUUAAUUAUA